GACUUGUAUUCUUUUUUAUCAAGCAAUAGCUCAACACUUUCAAUCUUUCAUUUCUUCUUAGAUUCUUACGCCUAACUCAAUAUCUUUCUUAUAUAAUAUAAACUCCUUCCAUAUGUUAAGCAAUUUCAGUUGCUCAUUUUAUCCAUCUUUCUUUCCUUUUUCCAAGUCUAGCACCCCAUAUAAAUUUAAACAAGUUACUCAGGGUUCCUGGAUUUUUCAAAUUAAGAUAGCUUUAGUUUACGAAAAUUCUUGAGAGUAGAAUCUGUAAAUGGACGAUUCAAAGCAUACGAGUGGGAAACUGGAAGAAUCAGCCGCAGUUGAGCUAACAGGCAGGAUCAUGGUGGUCGCUAUCAUCGUUCUGUUUGCGGUGAUAGCAUUCGUGAUCUGUCUUCACCUCUAUGCUAAAUGGUACUGGCGUCAUGUAGCAAGAGGCGGCCACAGCAUGAGUCGACGUGCUGCUGGUCGCCACCAACUGACGGCUGCCACCGCCCUACGUGGUCACGGUCUAGACCCCUCCUUCCUCAAAACCCUGCCAAUCAUUCUCUUCUCUCCUCAAGACUUCAAAGAUGGAUUGGAAUGUUCUGUUUGUCUCUCCGAGGUGACACAAGGGGAGAAAACUAGACUUCUACCUAAAUGUAACCACGGCUUUCAUGUCCAAUGCAUUGAUACGUGGUUUCAGUCUCAUUCUACCUGCCCAAUUUGCAGAAAUCCGGUUCUCAAUUCCAAUCCUGAUCAAUUAUCACAACAGGGGAUUACACAUAACACACCCCAACCAGCAGACUACUCACAUGAUUCUGCGCUUCCUACAGAAGCCGUCACCUUUCCUACUAAUGUAUUGUAUUGGGGGAACGAGGUUCAGGUCAGCACUUGGACUUCAUGUUUACAAGAUGCCGAUGCUGAUGCUGUUACUUCUUCCCAGCAGGUUUCUUCAUCAUCAUCCUCGUCGUCAUGUACUACUAGUACUAGUCACGGUGGUAACAGUGGAGGUGGCCAUGAUUUGGUCAUCGAAAUACCAAGUCAGACAAACGAGGAAGAUCACAAGUCACCUGUGCUGUCACGGUUAAAGUCACUAAAGAGACUUCUAAGCAGGGAUAGAAAGAUCAAUCCUUUCACCCCCAGCACUAGUGUUGUUGAUGUAGAACAAUCUGCAAGGUCUCAAAAUUAGGAGGUCCUGUUGUGUGUGUACAUAUGCAGUUGGAAAGACUGCCUCAAAACAUAGUAGAUCAGUCCUGCUUGUGCAAUUUUAACACAGGAUUCGAUAUACGAGUUCAAUCAGCACCGGUCCCUGUAUCUUUAUUUGUUUGAUGUUCGUUCAUUUUUUACAACAACUAGCCAAGAGUUUGCGGAUAAUGUUAUCUGCAUUUAUGUUUGAAAACAUAUAAUUAGUAGUAGUUCGUUUCAGAUGUGUUGUUAAAACGGACUUACUUGUUUGGAUUUCUGCAAGUGUAAAUAAUACAAAUAGGCGCCUCUGUGAGAGAGUUAAAAAUAUAAUCCUGUUGUAAGCUAGUAGAGUUCCAUUGCUCAAUAUUUUCUUUACAAUUCUACA